AAGAGCCAAUCACGAACCAGGGCACCAUAUUGAACAAACAAACCGAUAUUUGGCUUCACUUUUGCAGUUUACUUUGAGUACUUUCUAACCUCCCACACAACUGGGAAAAGAACAAUCGCGCCGCCGAACUAUUGUUCCAACGCUCACAAUGAAGCUGGCGGACAUUAAAAAGUUAAAAGUGGCCGAGCUGCGCUCCAGGCUCAAAGAACUCGGCUUGGACAACAAGGGUCUGAAGGCUGAGCUGUUGGGGAGGCUGUGGUCCGCGUUAGAGGCACAACAAUGCGCGAGCAACGGCCCACCGACUCCCACAUCCCCGCCGGAGUCCACGGACCCGCGCGCCCCGCGCCCGAGCCCCCCGGCAGGAGCCGCCGUCGCUGAGCAAGGCGGACCGGAGCGCAGCCGGGAGUACGCAGACAGCGCCACCCAGACGGAGGGCGAGUCCGGCCUCACGCCGUCACGGCGAGGCCCGGAGAGCGGCUCGGGUUCAGAGUGUGAACCGGGGAACCGGGCGCGGGAGGCGGGGGGCGGGAGGCCUGUUUCCCCGGAGGAGAUGGGCAGAGGAAGAGCUUUCUACGAGUUCAAAGAGGAGAUGCGAUACAAAAGAGCCAAAUCACCUCAACCUCCAGUGGAGAGAGAGGAGGAGGAGGAAGAUGAAGAUAAAGUCAAACUAGAUCCAUACAACAGUCACCUGCACUUCGAGGGGGGUCCCGAUGGCGCAUGUGGCCAGCCGCGGUUCUGGGCCCGUUUCCCCUCGCUGUGGUCCGGGUGCAGGCUCACCCACGGGGUGCUGCGGGGCAAGGUGGGCUUUGAAGUGAGGCUGGAGAGGAAGCUGUUGGCGAGCCAGCUGGAGGAACAUGAAGACAUGGAUCCUUGUGGCCUGAGAGUGGGCUGGUCUACGCCCAACACCUCUCUACUGCUGGGUGAAGAUGAGUUAUCUUUUGCUUAUGAUGGCCGUGGCAAAAAAGUGUCGGGUGGGAAGGAGGAAGCGUUUGGAGAACUCCUCUCGGAGGGAGAUAUCGUUGGCUGUUAUGCUUCCUUCUCCACAGACGGGGCUGUCGAACUCUCUUUCCAUAAGAACGGUCGGCUCAUGGGUGAAGCCUUUUCCAUGGAGGCCUCUGUGCUGCUGUGUCGUCCUCUGGUUCCUCACGUCCUCUGUAAAAGCUGUUCGGUACGAGUACUCCUGGACCCCAAAGCUGCUCCCUGGUACCCGGGUCCUCCGGGGUUCACGCCGCUGGCGGCCCUCCCUGCCGGGCAGAGGGUGCGCACCACGUUGCCUCCGACUUGUAAAGCACAGUGUGAGGUGUUGUUGAUGGUGGGUCUUCCCGGUUCUGGGAAGAGCCACUGGGCCAGGACUCGCAUGAGGCAGCAGCCCGAGGAGCGCUACAAGCUGCUGGGCACCGAGGAGCUGCUCGCAUGUAUGAUUAGUGGCGGACGGAGGGACAGCGAGCUGCAGCAGGCCUCUCAGUGCCUCGCUGAUUUGAUCAAGAUCGCUGCUCAGACUCCUGGCAACUACAUCCUCGACCAGUGCAACAUCCUCUUCUCCGCACGGCGUCACAAGCUGCAGCUGUUCACAGGCUUCCGCCGGCGGGCGGUGGUGGUCUUUCCCUCGGCGGAUGAGUGGAAAAGACGACUGUCUCUGCACCGGAUGAGUGACGGGGAGCAGAUCCCCGAGACCGCCCUGCUCAAACUCCAAGUGAGCUGCAGUCUUCCAGAGCAGUGCAGCAACCUGCUGGAGGAGCUGCAGUACGUCGAGCUGCCUCAGGAUCGGGCACGGACGCUCCUGGAAGAGUACCGCGACGAGGCUCGCAGGCUGCUGCCCCCCAUCCCCAAACAAGAGAAGAAGAAAUCCCGACCGCACAAGAAAAGAUCCCACCCUCUCGGCCCUCGGCCCUCACACAGGAUCCAGUGGACUGGACGUCAUGGGUGGAACGACACCAGAUCCAACAUGCAGCAGCCAAGAUAUUGGAGUAAUCCUCACCAGGAGCAGGGAUGCUACUACAGAAACGAAGGUUACUGGUGAAGGAACGGACGCCGCUGCUCAACAGUGUUUGCAGGAACAAUCACUUCAGUGUUUCCCCGAGGUUUACAACACCGGGGGUGCGUAAUGGUAACGGAUCCAUGGAUAUGGACAUAAUGGUAGGAAACACUGCAUUCUACUGAUGUCACUUUGUAAUUGCAUCCGCCGGAAACAUUAAAAAGAACAACAGACCGCAGCAUACGAACAAUCGAAGAUGAUCAGUGGCAACCAGCUCACAAUCAAGGGGUUUUAUUCAAAAUAAUCAUGUUUUUACUUUUACUGCUGUUACAAAUGGCGAGAAAAGUACACAGUACUUUGUGAACACCAGUAAAGUGUAAUACAUUCCUCAGGUCGUCGUGUACAUUUGAUCAUCGGGGUGUAUUUACUGAUGCGGCCGUCUCUCUGUCUUCUGGCUUCACCGUCUGAUAAAGCAGCACAGCUCCUUUAGCUGAAGGACAAAGCUCCGACCACAGCGGGCUGCGUCUGUCCAGCUGCAACACCUCCUGCAAAAUUCAAGAACGACGACGUUCGGUUCAUCUUUUGAUACUGGUACUCUGCUUCUGAUGGAAUUACCAAAACAAUGAAAGUCAUUCUUGAGUUUCUAAUCAGAAAUUCAAAUAUCUGUCACUGUUACGCACCGUUUUGCAAAGAAAGAUAAUGUCUGUAGACUCGCUGGCCUCCGCUCCACCUUUCCGGUACAAUCUUCUGACUUCGUCAGACGUCAACGAGCAGCUGAGGGCGUACCAAUUACACACAGUGCUUUAUUCACCCAUAAAUGUUUAUUAGGUCAAGGUUCCAUCAUAAGAUGUCAAAGGUUAGGGAUGAAAUAACCUGACGUAAAACUCAGCACUUGGUCUGCCGGCGCUGGUGUGAUUCAGAGCGACGCCCAUCAGGACCGGCGCCCCCAGGCAGCUCAGAGGAACAUUCACCUGCAGAGGGUGUAUCUGUAAGAUUUUUCUCUGUCCUUGCUAAGUUGUGCUAACAUGCUCGCUGGGAUAUAUAAUUUCCUUUUAACUUUUCAACUGUUCAUCUUCAUUGAAAAUGUCAGACGUCACUUGAGUUUGUCCUUCACCUGCAGACUUUCUUUGGAUUGUUUUUUGGGGACUGGUUUUAAGAGACUAUAAAGUUAUUUUCCAUUUUUUAUAAUCAGAUUAAAAAUUCAUCUAUUUACCAAGAAAUCAUCUGGAAUAAAGAAGCGAUCUAAAACUGCA